GAGCUCGCCACGCUACACCUGCAACUGCAAUAGCGGACCCGACCGCAUACUGCUGCGCUCUUCGUGAAUCGCCUUCUCCUUUCUCACCGCCACAGCCCUCAGGCGUCCACUCCGACAUCGAUUCGCGCCGACCGCCUUCCGCCGUUUCCUCCUCGGCCCCAGACAUGGCCGGCGGCGAUGGCGAUCGGCACCGCGGGCCGAAGCGGCACAAGUCCUCGGCGCCGUCGAAAGCGGCCCUGGUGGAUGAGAGCGCCGAGUUCGACUACGCUGAUGACUUCGACGAUGAUGCCCACGACGCGGAUAUGGAGGUGAAGAAGAGGGAUUUCACGAAGCUUGAGUUGAAGGUGGAUCACGCGAGCCGUCCGCUCUGGGCGUGCGCCGAUGGCCGCAUCUUCCUCGAGACCUUCUCGCCGCUCUACAAACAGGCUUACGAUUUCCUCAUCGCCAUCGCGGAGCCUGUGUGCAGGCCAGAAUCUAUGCAUGAGUACAAUCUAACUCCCCACUCAUUGUAUGCUGCGGUCUCAGUGGGGCUUGAGACAAGCACUAUCAUUAGUGUCUUGAGUAAACUGUCUAAAACCAAGUUGCCCCGCGAAAUAAUUGAUUUCAUCCACGCAUCAACUGCUAACUACGGGAAAGUGAAGCUUGUCUUGAAGAAGAAUCGAUAUUUUGUCGAGUCCCCAUUUCCUGAGGUAUUGAGUAACCUUCUGAGGGAUGAAGUUAUAUCGAGAGCUAGGAUAUCUCCUGAGGAUUCCCUUGGUGCACCUUCAUUUACUGUUAGCAAGACAUCUGGCCAAAUUGCUAGUGGACAUGAAGACCUUUUAAAUGGAAUGGAAAUUGCUGCUGCAACUGAAGACAAGGAAACACAUUCUUUUGAGAUUGAUCCCUCUCAGGUUGAGAAUGUCAAGCAGCGUUGCUUGCCAAAUGCAUUGAACUACCCCAUGCUGGAGGAAUAUGAUUUCAGAAAUGACACUGUAAACCCAGAUUUGGAAAUGGAGCUAAAGCCGCAAGCACGGCCUAGGCCAUAUCAAGAAAAGAGCCUCAGUAAGAUGUUUGGGAACGGACGAGCAAGGUCUGGAAUUAUUGUGCUACCUUGUGGUGCUGGCAAGUCCUUGGUUGGUGUAUCUGCAGCCUGCCGUAUUAAGAAGAGCUGUUUAUGUUUGGCCACAAAUGCUGUCUCCGUAGAUCAAUGGGCAUUUCAGUUCAAGCUUUGGUCAACCAUAAAAGAUGAGCACAUUAGUCGCUUUACAUCUGAUAACAAGGAGAAAUUUACAGGCAUGGCUAGUGUGGUUGUUACUACAUAUAACAUGGUUGCAUUCGGUGGUAAAAGGUCUGAAGAUUCGGAGAAGAUCAUUGAAGAAAUCCGAAACAGAGAGUGGGGCUUGCUUCUAAUGGAUGAGGUUCAUGUUGUCCCUGCACAUAUGUUCAGAAAAGUCAUCAGCAUUACUAAAUCUCACUGCAAGCUUGGUCUUACUGCUACCCUUGUGAGAGAGGACGAACGUAUUACUGAUCUGAAUUUUCUAAUUGGACCAAAACUGUAUGAAGCGAAUUGGUUGGAUUUAGUGAAAGGUGGAUUUAUUGCAAAUGUGCAGUGUGCGGAAGUAUGGUGUCCUAUGACCAAAGAGUUUUUUGCUGAGUAUUUGAAAAAGGAAAAUUCAAAGAAGAAGCAGGUACUGUAUGUCAUGAAUCCGAACAAGUUCAGGGCUUGUGAAUUCCUGAUUCGAUUCCAUGAGCAACAACGCGGAGACAAGAUAAUUGUGUUUGCUGAUAAUCUAUUUGCACUAACUGCUUAUGCAAUGAAACUACGCAAGCCAAUGAUUUUUGGUGCCACAAGCCAUGCUGAGAGGACAAGAAUUCUCUACCAAUUCAAGAACAGUCCAGAAGUCAAUACAAUUUUCCUUUCAAAGGUCGGUGAUAACUCGAUUGAUAUCCCAGAAGCUAAUGUUAUCAUACAAAUAUCGUCUCACGCUGGUUCGAGACGUCAAGAAGCUCAGCGUCUGGGACGUAUUCUCAGGGCAAAGGGUAAGCACCAAGAUAGGAUGGCUGGAGGAAAAGAAGAAUACAAUGCUUUUUUCUAUUCCCUUGUAUCAACUGAUACACAGGAAAUGUACUACUCAACAAAAAGGCAGCAGUUUCUUAUUGACCAGGGAUAUAGCUUCAAGGUAUGGCUUUUGGAGCUUACUUUGAAAGGAAGAUUGUUCUUUCGGUACUUAGUGAUGAAAUGUUGUACUUGCCAGGUUAUCACUAGUUUGCCGCCGCCUGAAGAAGGACCUAAUCUGAGCUUUUACACACUUGAUGAACAGCUUGAGCUUUUGAGCAAGGUGCUGAAUGCAGGGGAUGACAUGAUUGGUGUUGAGCGCUUAGAAGAAGAUUCUGAUGGCAAGGCUCUUCUAAGAGCACGACGCUCUGCUGGAUCAAUGAGCGCCUUCUCUGGAGCUGGUGGAAUGGUCUACAUGGAGUACAGCACUGGCAAGGGAAAAGGUGCUCCCAAGAAACACAAGGACCCAUCAAAGAGGCAUCAUCUGUUCAAGAAACGCUAUGCGUAGCCUGUUGUGCUUUGCUAGAACUGAUUUGGUUCAUGAGAAUCUUCUUGUUUGGCAUCGAAUGUCGUUGCCUUAUAAACACACAAGCCAGGUUAUGCAGAACUGUUACUUUUGCUCAAUUGUUUCCUCGGUUCGAGCAAGGUUACUGAGCUACUGUAGCAAAGACCAAUUUUGAUCUCAGGUUUACACGUGAUGCUUAAAGUUGGCAUACCCGGCUUUCGUGUGGGACAACAGGACGUGUCUUGAAAUUGUAAAUGCUGUUGUAAGCCUUGUAUUAUACGAGUAAAAACACGCUAAAUCGCAACGCUUCAUAUUUGUUGCUAGGUUCAGGCUUCCUGUAUUUCAACUCCAAAGGAAACUAAGUUUUCGAUAAUCCUGUAUAUCCUAUGGUUGUCAGUUUGAUAA